AUAUCAGCAGCUUGUUAAUCUUGGUCCCAUUUUCUCUAUUAUUUCUUCCCCCAACUGAGUCGACUCGGUCAGCCCACAACCCCCAUCCCAUGUUCAUCCUCCGAGUUCACUCAGUGGACACCAACCACCCUCUCAGCCUCGAAGACGCCGACUUCACCGCCGUCACAACUUCCAAGACCACCGCUGCGGCUGAAUCUGACCCUAAAACCACCCCCACACCCAAAUUCAGCGAGCGAAGAGGAAUCGCCCAUUUGUUUCGAAAAAUCAGACAGUCGUCGCUGCCGUGCCACGCCUCUCGCUCCCCCAUCCUCUUCGUCGUUGCCGUUCCCAACUACCUCUCCUUCGACGACUUCAUCCGCUUCUGCGGUUCCCGCAUCGACCAUGUCCUCGAACUCGUAUUCAUCAGGAACGAUGGAAUGGAAGACAGGUACAGUGUUUUGAUUGAAUGUAAGAAUCGGGACACGGCUGGUGAAUUUUAUAGCACUUUUAAUGGGAGGAAGUAUUCGCCUGGAGAGGCUGAGUUGUGCCAUAUCCUGUUUCUGCAAUCUGUGGACUACACAGAAUCAGAAGAAAUAGCUGGCAUUCCAGAGAAUGAAUUUACUGAGUUACCCACUUGCCCAGUUUGCCUUGAGAGAUUGGAUGCAGACACAAGUGGAAUAGCGAGUACACUUUGUGAUCAUUCGUUUCAAUGUCCCUGCAUUUCAAAAUGGACUUAUUUGUCUUGUCAGGUUUGCCGACUAUGUCAGCAGCAGGAUGAAAAACCAGCUUGCUCUGUCUGUGGAAUAUCAGUGAAUCCCUGGAUUUGUAUAAUAUGUGGUUUUGUAGGAUGUGGAAGAUAUACUGAAGGCCAUGCUGUUAAGCACUGGAAGGAUACGCAACAUUGCUAUUCUCUUGAGUUGGACAGGCAGCAGAUCUGGGAUUAUGUUGGUGAUGCUUAUGUUCACCGCCUGAACCAAUCAAAAGUUGAUGGAAAAAUAAUAAAUUUUACAGAUUCUCAUUGUAUGUCACUGGAAGAGGCUUUUGACGGUUGUGAAUGUAGUGCUGAUUCUGGAAUUAGUGGAGCCCUCUAUAGUAGCAAAGUUGACACUAUUGUAGAUGAGUAUAACCGACUUGUUGCCAGUCAGCUUGAGAAUCAAAGACAAUAUUAUGAAUCUCUACUUAUGGAGGCCAAAAGCAAAAAGAAAAGUACAAUUUCAGAAGCGGUGGAGAAGGCUGUAAAUUCCAAGAUGCAGGAUUUACAAGCGAAACUGGAGAAAUGUCUUGAGGAAAGAAAUGCCGUUGCAGAUAUCAACCGCAGUCUCAUCAAGGACCAAGAAACUUGGCGCAGAAAGUUGAAGGAAAUCGAUGAGAGGGAAGCUGCAUCGCUGAGGUUAAGAGAGGAAAAGAUAGUCGAUUUGGAAGAACAGAUUAGAGAUCUUACGGUCUAUAUUCGUGCCCAAAAAACACUUGAUGACAUGAAGGGCUCGGACAGCAUAAAAGGCGGAACAGUAUUGCCUGUACCUUCAAAGCAAUCUUCUCCUGCCAACUCCAGAAGACAGACCAAAUCUGGCCGGAGACGGAACUAGAAGAUAGCGAUCGACAAGUCGUGUAUAGUAGUUGAAUGCAUGUUGAAUCAUGUAGCGAUUUCAGCUGAAAUUUUUGUUAACUAAUUUUGUUCUAAUUGUAAACUGUGAAUUGUCAUGGAGUGCAUAUUUGGAGAACUAACAAUAAUUAAGGACUCGUUCUGAACUUAGCAGUUCUUUUAAAGGGACUGAACACGUUUUUGGUGAAUUGA